ACGCCCACGUAGAUUGUUGGGGCUGGAGAAUUCGCGGCGAUGGCGACGACGACUCGGUGUUGGAAGGGAGCGCAGUGAAGCUGGCCUCGGCUCGGAUAUGACUAAUUUCUAUUUGAUUGGGGUCGGUUUGCUGCUCAGUAAUUGCACGGGCUUCGGAUGAAUUUUUAGCUCCUGACUCCUCGACACUCCUUUGGCUGAUUUCCAUGUCUCACCUGUGAGAAUUUCCAAGUAGGACCAUCAGCACUGCUUCUCGACUAUUUCUGAUUGUCUGUGACUGAUCCAGUUCCUCAUUGGGUGACCUGCACUCCUUCACUGGGGCCAUGGAGGAGGAGGGGCAGCAGAGCUUGGAGUGUAUCCAGGCCAAUCAGAUCUUCCCCAAGAAGUCCCCCGUCCUGGAGGAGGAAAACAUGCAGGUGCCCUUUCAACAGCUGCAUGGGGAGUUCUCAGAGUACGUGGGGAGAGCGGAGGAUGCCAUCAUCGCAAUGUCCAACUACCGCCUACACAUUAAGUUCAAAGAGUCUGUUGUGAACAGCUGUUGUUGUGAGGUGUCAGUUCCUCUUCAGCUCAUCGAGAGUGUGGAGUGUCGGGAUAUGUUCCAGCUUCACGUCACCUGUAAGGACUGCAAAGUCGUCAGGUGUCAGUUCUCCACCUUUGAACAGUGUCAGGAAUGGCUGAAACGCCUGAACGUAGUGGUGCGCCCUCCCUCUCGCUUAGAGGACCUCUUCUCCUUUGCCUUCCAUGCCUGGUGCAUGGAGGUGUACGCUGGUGAGAAGGAGCAGCACGGAGAGCUGUGCAGACCAGGUGAACACGUGACCUCUUGGUUCAAGAAUGAGGUGGAGAGGAUGGGCUUUGACACUCAAAACGCCUGGAGGAUAUCUGACAUCAACAGCAAGUUCAGACUUUGCCCAAGCUAUCCUCAGCAACUCCUAGUGCCAGCAUGGAUCACUGACAAGGAGCUGGAAAAUGUGGCAGCCUUCCGCUCCUGGAAGAGGUUUCCUGCUGUGGUUUAUAGACACCUGAGCACAGGAGCUGUGAUUGCGCGCUGUGGCCAGCCAGAGGUCAGCUGGUGGGGCUGGAGGAACGCGGAUGACGAGCACCUGGUUCAGUCCAUCGCCAAGGCCUGCGCCGUGGACAGCAGCUCCCACAAACACCUUUCCAACGGCAGCUAUACCAAUGGCUCAGACCUGCCUGAUACUGAUUUUGAAUCCUCCAUGACCAACAGCUCAGAGGUGGAGACCCUGGCGACCCAGCCCCACAAGUUACUGAUCCUGGAUGCACGGUCUUAUGCUGCUGCCGUAGCUAACAGAGCGAAGGGGGGAGGCUGUGAGUGCCCAGAGUACUAUCCCAACUGUGAGGUGGUGUUCAUGGGAAUGGCCAACAUCCACUCCAUACGCAAGAGUUUCCAGUCACUACGUUUCCUCUGCACUCAGAUGCCCGAUCCAGCCAACUGGCUUUCUGCACUGGAGAGCACCAAGUGGCUGCAGCACCUGUCCCUGCUGCUGAAGGCGGCUCUGCUGGUGGUCAAUGCUGUGGACAGAGACCACAGGCCUGUCCUGGUGCACUGCUCGGAUGGCUGGGACCGCACACCUCAGAUCGUUGCUUUGUCCAAGCUGCUGCUGGACCCUUACUACCGCACUAUUGAGGGCUUCCAGGUUUUAGUGGAGACAGAAUGGCUGGACUUUGGCCACAAGUUUGCUGACCGCUGUGGCCACGGAGAAAAUUCAGAGGACUUGAAUGAACGCUGCCCUGUCUUCCUGCAGUGGCUGGACUGUGUUCACCAGCUGCAGAGGCAAUUCCCUUGCUCCUUUGAGUUUAAUGAGGCCUUCCUGGUGAAACUGGUGCAGCACACCUACUCCUGUCUCUUUGGUACCUUCCUGUGCAACAGCGGCAAGGAGAGAGAGGAUCGCCACGUUCAGGAGAGGACCUGCUCUGUGUGGUCACUGCUGAGACCGGCCAACCGCACACUGAGGAACAUGCUGUACUCUUCACACUCUGAGACUGUUCUCCACCCAGUGUGUCAUGUGAGGAACCUGAUGCUGUGGACGGCGGUUUAUUUGCCCAGCUCGUCUCCCACCACACCCUCCGAUGACUCCUGCGCCCCGUACCCUGUGCCUGGUGCCAACCCAGAAGAUGCGCCCCUGGGCAGGCGUACGAAGACCCGCUCUUUCGACAACUUGCCCAGUGCAUGUGAACUGGGAAGCUCACUGGCACCCAACCGCCGCUCCAGUGACCCGAGCCUCAAUGAGAAGUGGCAGGACCUCCGGCGUUCUCUGGAGUUAAACAUGGCAGUGGGCCCAGAUGGAGGCGGGAACCAGGAUCAAGAGGUUCUCCCUAACGGAGCAGGGCCAUAUCCAGACGGAGGGGACUCUGAACUGGACGAUAGCCCACAGCCCCAUGGACCACAGGCUGAGCUCAGACAAGAAGCCUCUGUGAACUCAGCAAAUGAGGAUACGGAGGAGGUGGAGCUCUCUGUGGCAGUGUGUGUGGCUGAGGGCCAAAUGGAGAACAUUCUUCAGGAAGCCACAAAGGAGGAGGCAGGAGCUGAUGUUCAGAGAGAUGGAAGUGAGGCAGUCUCUCAUGUCGUUAAUAGUAAUGACACAAAGGUGGAGGCAGAAGCAAAGGCUGAGGAUGAGCGUCCGUUUAUGAAGGUGAAUGGGACUGAGACACAGAAAGAAAUACUUGCAAAUGGUCACCAUCCAGACAAUGGUGUGAUGGAGGCUGAGGAGGAUGGUGACUCACCCCCCCUGUCUACACAAAAGGAAGAAGAACUGGAUCAACAAGCACCUGAGGUGGCUCAGACACCAGAAGACCCAGUGAAGCAGAAUGUAGAGGACUUGUCUACACAUGGACCCAGUGAGUCCAGCUCCGUUGAGCCAGAGCAGCCUGCAGCCCAUAGAACUAUAACAAACGGCUUUGUGGACAGGUCACCUGAAGAGCCAGGCCCGGAUGAGGAGACCUGUCCUGAAUCUGAAACUGACCAUGGAGUUAGUGAGUCAGUGGAGCAGGUGGAUAAGAGGGCCUCGCUGAUGGAAAGCUCCACAGAGACUUUAACCGAAGAGGCCUGCAGCAGGUUGGAGCCCCCCUCGCAACCGCCUGUUAGCCUGAACCGUCAGCCCUGCAACGAUGGCAGGAGCCAACUUCCUUGCUCCAAGAAAGAGAAAGGACUGGAGACAGUUGAGCACAGCUUAAACAGAACUUUAAACGGGGGCAUCAAGAGACCCUCUGUCAGUGCCUUUCAGUCUGUGAGUUCUGACCUUAGCAGGGAGGGGCUCUGUAAUGGGGACAACUCUGAGUGGGAGCCCUGUGGGGUAGUACCUCACUACGUCAAAGUGAAUGGGGAGCGGACCCCUCUGAGUCGACAGGUGUCCCUAGCAAGCUGCAACUCCUUGAUCCUCCACCCACGCGGCAGCUGCUCUCAGCACCGCUGCUGCCACACCAUGUUGAGCCGGGCCGCCAUCAGCCCGGAGCAGCCGUCCCGUAGCCACCUGGAUGACGAUGGACUGACCCUGCACACAGAUGCCAUCCAGCAAAGGUUGAGGCAGAUUGAGGCGGGGCACCAGAUGGAGGUGGAGACUCUAAAGAAACAGGUGCAGGAGCUGUGGAGCCGACUGGAGAAUCAGCAGCACAUUGGAUCCCACAGGAUCAAUGGAGACAUGGGAGACGAAGUGACCUCGAUGACAGACUCUGAGUGCAACCUGGACCCAAACUGUUUGUCGCGCUGCAGCACAGAGCUGUUCUCUGAGGCCAGCUGGGAGCAGGUGGACAAGCAGGACACUGAGGUGACUCGCUGGUACCCUGAUCAUUUGGCAGCCCAGUGUUACGGCUGUGAGAGCAGGUUCUGGCUCGCCACCAGGAAGCAUCACUGCAGUGGCAGGGAGCCUGUCCAGGAGGUCUGGAACUGUGGGAACGUGUUCUGCGCCAGCUGUUGCGAUCAGAAGAUCCCAGUGCCAAGCCAGCAGCUGUUUGAGCCCACACGCGUCUGUAAGACCUGCUACAGCGGCCUCCAGCUCAGCUCGGCCCCCCUGGACCUGGAGCUGGAGAAACCCAUCACAGCCAGCUCCAACUGAGGCUCGGAGGCCCGGGAUGAGUGGAGUCUAGCAGAGCUGCCAGCCACUGACACGGACGCCCUGCUGAGGAGCACGGGAGCUACACCGAAUGUCCCAUGUACUCUGUGUGUGUGUGUGUGUGUGCGUGUGUGUGUGUGCGUGUGCGUGUGCGCUGCAGAUGCGGAGUUCAAUGUGUAUAUACAGAGGACGACGGAGGAGCCGAAUGAUUGGCGAGUGCUCUGAAUGAUGGCUCUGCACGGGAGUGGCUGGUGUGUGUGAGAGGAAAUCUCUUUGGCCACUCGGAGGGUUUGUGGCAGCACUCCGUGGCCUGAGGAGCGAGAAUGGACAUCCUGGUGCCUUGGACCAGGCAGGCAGAGCGGGACGUCUCACUGUGUUCUCUGAAGCCUCUCAGAGGACUUCUCAUCAGACCUCUGAGCACCAUCAUCUCCCAGCCGGGACUCUUCUCCGGAGGAUGUGAGAUCAGAAACGACGAGGAAAAACGUCCUGGCAAUCACAAGAUGCUCCCUCCGCUUAUAACAACUGUUGUUUAGGAAGGAGCUUAAAGGGUUAGUUCACUCAAAUCACCAAAAAACCUGACCAUCCAUCUCAGUUUAUCUGCUGCCUCGUACAUCAGGGCUUCAACUGUUACUUUAUUCAAGUCGUGUGUCAUUUAGUUUAUGACAGUAGUGGAGUUAGAGACAGGUCAGAGCUCUGGAAAGUAACAUUUAAAGUAACAUGCAGAGGUUUAGUGUUGCCUUUACAGACAGAUGUGGGACUUUCAAAACUCUAGUAGAAUGCAUGAUCCUACAUUUCCCAUAAUGCACCUUUGACUGUUCAGUAACACGCCUCUUUUCCGAGUCCUUUCUCUUCCUAUCUGAUGACUGUUGCUGCCUUCAAAUGGAUCUCGGAGCCAACAAGGCUAUAAGUUACAGAAAUACAGGAAACGUCAUACAGAAAAGAUUAGGCCGUUGGGAAUGUCGACCAUUUUCCCAGACAUGAUAAUAUGAUUAAAAUAGUAAUAGCCUCAACCUCCAAAAAUGUCCAGUUAUGAACGGGUGCUGUACGGCCCUUUGCCCUUUGAAGACAGCAAGUGAUUUUUAUCACUUUAUAACUCAGUACAGUAUUUAUAAAAUCCUCCCUUUAAAGAAUCACUGUGGAGAGUCGGCCUUUUGUGUUCUGGGUGAACAGACCCUUUAACUUCAUGUGGACUGAAUCUCAAUUCUCUGUUCGCUUUUGUUUGUUUUUAAUCAGCUUUGCACAGAGAAAGGUACAAACGUCACUUGCCAGUUCAUUAGGAACACUAGUGAAAACUAAUGCUUUCUCAUACAACAGUCCUGCUCUGAAUUGUAGUUUCAUGAAGGUCAAGGUAUUCAGCAUAAAAUAACCAAGGCUGUUUAUUUAGGAGGCUGAGGUUUAUAAUACUAUUGAAUUGUUUUGUGUUCCUAUUAUUUUGGCAGUCAGUGGAUUAGGCUAAAAACCAGAAGCACUUUUAAUUGAGUCAAGUUUAACAAACGCCACAAACAAACAUCAUGAACAUUAGAAGAGUUGUGAAAGAGGAUUUAGUGCAGGACUGUUUACUAUUAGGAUGGCUUCAUAUUUCACUAAUAUACCUAAUGAACUGGAAAGUGAGUUACAGUGUAGAUACAGUGUAAGCGGCUAAUUGACAAAACCAAAAUGGAAAGUAAAGUAAUAGAUGAGCAGCUGUUAUAAAGGAGCGUUGAGGUUUAGCCUAGAGUCUUAACAGUGGAGGAUUGGACGUUUAAUUUAAAUGUCGCCAUCAUUUAUCGAUCUCUGGCCGACCCUUUAACAGCGGAGGCCGUGUUGUCAGCUUGUGUCUGCAGGUUGUUUGGGAUCUGACUGACUGUGUAAUCUCACCCGUUAGCCAUAACCUUCACGCCCUUCAAUCACAAACCCCUUUUUUAAAAAAAUGAAUAAAUUAAGAAAACAUUUCACCCAGCAGGAACUGGGAGCUGGACGCCACGCUCGCUUUUUUUUUCUUUUCAGCCUCUUGGUGGAACUCAGAAGUAUGUUUUUGAAUUUCACGCACAGAUUUUAUUUUAUUACGCUUGCGAGGCGAAGGGUCGGACACAGCUGUUUCCACCAGCGGCUGAAAAGGGGCGAGCGGCGGCGGCGGCGGCAGCAGGAAGGGCUUCUAGACGUUUUCCCCUAAAGUCUGUUAAUGUUUCAGAGAAGCUCCACUGAGACGCCCACUCUGCCUCAUUCAAUGACCUCCUCACACACACUUUUGUUCUUGUAAGAUAAAUGAAUAAAAUAAUAUAUUCAGAUACCUAUAUAACAUUUAAGACAAAAAAUGUAUAGAAUCCUUGAAUAGUGGCUCUCUUAAUUAGUCACCAAAAAGUUUUUUAAUUUCUUUCUUUAUGUUGUUAAUUUCAGAAAAUACCUAUAUUUUACAACCUGUUGAGGUUUGUUUCUUUGUUUUUUUUUGUUUCUUUGUUUUUGUUUUUUUAAAUAGAGAAGCAGGGUGUCCUGUUUUGAUGCUGCAGUGGUUUUUCCCAUUCGAAUGCGAUCAUUACUUAUUUAUUUUGUUGCUGAAUUAAAAAAAGAAAAAGAAAAAAAAGAAUCCAGACAAUUCAAAUGCCACAGGAUAAUCAGUGUUUGUGAGGUGGAGAGGACAGAGAGAGGUUCGAGCUGUCGCUAAGACGACGGUCAUUUCAGGAGGUUUGGGCCAAUCACACGUGUGGAUGUGAUGAUUUCCUGGUUACGAGUCCGUAGCCAGUGAGACGUCUAUGCACUGAGAGAACAGUGGCACAAAACAAGCAGCCUGAACCUAAAUUAAAAGACCCGCCCCGACACGUUAACAUUACUCCAUCUACAAACACUACCUCUACUUUGUACACACACUCUCACCACACGCUGAGCUUCUGGUUGCUUUCCUUUGAGGACGGCCUUUGUUGUUGUUUUCCCGUUGACCAGCUGGAAUACUAAAGGUACAGCACCCUGACUUUUUUUUUUUCCCCCGAGACUGCCAGUUCCUCAUCAAAGCUUCGACUAUCAGAAGAAACGCUCAAACUUGUGAGUGGCGGCAGGAUUCUUUGAGUGUGGCGUGUGUGCAGUGGUGGUGAGGAAGGACAACGAGGCUUGAAGUGUUGGGUUUGUUUGUUUUUUUUCCUUCUUCUCCCUCCUGGAAGAAGUGGCGGACGUGUUUUAAUUUGUACAGCUCGACCUUUAGCUUGUCCCUCUUCGAUGAGGCGCUGUAAACGUAAUAUUUACAAAUCGUUUUGAGGAGCGUUGCCGUGGAGACGGCCCCGAUCAGCGUCACUUUGAUGCAGAUGGUGAUAAACAGGAAAUUUCUGAUUUUAUGCAGACCACAAAGUGUCCACACUCAGCUUGCCAGUUCAUUAGGUACACUAGUACUAGUGAGAAGUGUGUGCUUAUGUCACAGAGCUGUUGAUUCAUCGGUUUCAUCUUGGAGGCUGUGGUACUGAUGAAUUGUUUUGCGUUUCAUCAUCGUGUUUCGUCAUUUGGCUAGCCUAAAUAACACAAAUCUGUUUUUGUUUAAUCCGGUGUGGUUUCUGUGUUGCCCAAAACGAUCACAGUUGAGGUUCUGAUGCUGUUGUAACUUCAACUGAAGAUCGUUACAGUCAUGAAGGAGGGUUUAGUGCAGGUUGUGUUAGCAUGAAUUAUUUCCCACUAGUGUACCUAAUAAAGUGGACAGUGAGUUUAUAAAAGGCUAAAGUAAGUGCGUGUAACGUCCUUUUAUAAGUCCUCAUUCUCUCUUUUCACCACCGUCACAGGCAUGGCAUGCACCGAGUUCGUCUUAGUUCAACAAAUCCAUGAAUGUGAAAUGAUUAAAACAAGAAACUUUUUUUUUUUUUUGCACACAACUUUAAGUAGACACUGCCACAGAGUGCAUCACAAUAAAGCUGAGACUUUUCAUUGUUGUAACGAGUGUUUAAGGCUGGUUGUGUGUUGGAGGACACUCAGCUAACACACAUGUAGAUUUGUUUCCUUUUCCAAAAAAAGUUCUCUUGCAUAUUCUUCUUCACUCACACUCUGCAUCGCUGCGACGGCCCAGUAAUCACUUGUGUGUGUGUGUGUGUGUGUGUGUGUGUGUGUGUGCGAGCGUUUGUGUGAAUGCAUCAAAGCAUUGGCGUGAUUGUGUGUGUCUCUCCUGGUGGAGACUGGUGCCAAGCAGUUUUAUUACGGGUCUCUCACAAAGGGAUCACUCAUGCUUUCUUUUUUUUGUUUCUCUCCUCCCCACCUUCUGUUUGAUAAGCACUUUGAACCUUCUCACGUCUGUACGAGGAGUGUGUAGCUGUACAUAGCAACUUCCUGUAAACGACAAGUGCUCCUUGUUCGGUCUGAAUAUUUUGUUUUUGUUGGAUUUUACUUUAAAAGAGCAUUAUGUUGUUGUAGAAUUAAAGGAGAAAUAAACUAGAUAAACCCAC